AAUCGUGUGAGAGCAGUGUUUCAGAAACUGAGUUUUGCUAUAGUAGUCAUCUGGUGCAGUGUGUUUCUUGCCAACUUCGAUCGUGCUCACAACUCAACACAGAUAGAAGGUUGAGGAUUGAACUCAAUUAUGAAGACGUUCAUUGUGUUGAGUCUGGCGGUGGUGACACUGGUGGCCGGUGCCAGCCUCGAAAAAGCUAACCCCACCAAGGAAGCCCAGGAUCGCAAGCUGGACGAAAAGAACCAUGCCAAGCGUGGUCUGAUUGACUACGGCUACGGUUACGCCAAAGAACCUGAGCUGCAGGGAGGCUUCAAACCAUCGUUCGGGUACGACAUCACCGUCGGUCAGCAUCAUGUACCACAGUUCAAGACGUACGCUGUCCCCGAGUAUCGUCACAACCAGUACGCACCCCUGUACAAAGAACCGACCGUGUACAAUUGGAAGGAGGAAAAGCACACCAUCAUCACGAAGAAGGUCCCGGUGCCGUACCCGGUGAACGUGGAGAAGCAGGUGGUGAUUGAGAAGAAGGUCCCGGUGCACGUACCGGUGAAGGUGCACGUCCCGUACCGCGUCGAGGUGGAGAAGAAGGUCCCAGUGUACGUGGAGAAGAAGGUGCACGUCGAUCGUCCGGUGCCGUACCCGGUGAAGGUGAAGGUGCCGGUCUACCACAAGGUGGAGGUUGAGGUCCCGAAACCUUACCCAGUGCACAUUCCCAAGCCGUACCCGGUGUACAUCGAGAAGGAGGUUCAUGUUCCGGUCGUCCACCGGGUGGAGGUGGAGAAGCCCUAUCCGGUGUACGUGGAGAAGCCGGUGCUGGUGGAGCAGGUGGAGUCGCACGAGUCGCACAGCCACGAGCACAGCCACGAGCAUGAGCACAGCCAUGAGCAGGUGAGCCACGAGCUGCACAGCCACGAGCAGGUGAGCCAUGAGCUGCAGGGACAUGAGCUGCAGAGUCACGAGCAUAGUAGCCACGAGCAGGAGCAUGUCGUCCAUCAUGACAUUCGCCCCGUUGGUGUCAAGUCGACCAACUUCAUCUCGGAGCCUAUUCACGUGGAAGACCAUCACGAGCACCAGUAUGGUGAGGAGUCGCAGAAGAUCGAGCGCAAGGUGGAAAGCGAUCAGAAGGCGGCGGCCACCACCACCACCGGAGCUGCUGCUGCUUCUGCCAGCGAACAGAAGAAGGAUGCGGAAAAGCCUGCCGAUAAGGAGUCGUCGCACAUACCUCCGGAUACAGUACGAUUGGCCGAUACAGAUCUCGCUAGCACAAGCGAUGACGAGUUCGCACAACAAAUCCCAAUCGCACGCAUUAUCAAACAUCCGCAGUAUCAAUGGUCGCGAAAGUACUACGAUAUUGCCGUUGUUGAACUCGAGGAGUACGUUAAACCAAACAAAGCAAUUUGUGUUGCGUGUCUGUGGCGUGAACCAAACGUUCCGGGAGACCUAAUGGAUGCGGUUGGCUUUGGUGCUCUCGGGUUUGGAGAAAGGCUCAGCUCAACCCUGCAGAAGAUAAAACUACAGGCCCUAGACGAGACGAUAUGUGCUAAACGUUUACCGGCCAUGCGACGCGAAAUGCCGGAAGGCUUGCGUGACGAUCAGCUGUGUGCACAUAGUGCAACCAUGGACACGUGUGAAGGCGACUCGGGAGGCCCACUGCAAACGGAUCGAACCGAUUUGUUAGGCAAGACGUACGCGCUUAUAGUAGGAGUGGUAGCGUUUGGCACUCCUUGCACUAAUGGGUCAACGGGAGUAUACACCAGGGUUAGCUCGUACCUGGAUUGGAUCGAGGAAGAAGUAAAAGAGUCUCUUAGCCCGGAGGUUUGUAUUGAGGAGGACUAUUGCAAUCGUAAAAUGAACCCAUCCGUGCACGGUAAGGUUGACAAAAUAUGGGAAAGAAGUCGCGUAGGGUUGCUGUGGCAGGAAUACGAAACGGACAUCCAUCAGUGCGGUGGACUCCUGGUUGACUACCAGUUUGUUAUCACAUCGGCGAGCUGUCUCAUUACGCUUCUCACCCUGUCGCUGGCAAAUGCGCACCUGUUCAAGAAAAAGCUCGUCUUAACGUCCGAAUCUGACGGAGGGCAUGGCGGCGGCGGUGGAGGCAGCUUUUCAUUGGGUGGCGGAAGCUUUGGCCUUUCCUUCGGUGGUGGACUAGGAGGUGGUGGUGGUGGAGGUGGCAGUCACGGAGGCUCUACUGGAGGAGGUUAUGGUGGCGCAUCUGGUGGACCUGGUUACUCCAGUGGAGGAUACGGAGGAGGUGCGCCAAGCCAUUCGGGCGGUGGCGGAGGUGGUGCCGGCAGCAGUGCAUUUGCAAGCGCUAGUGCCAGUGCAAGUGCCAAUGCCGGUGGUGUUUCUGAAGGACAUUCGGGACAGGGUGAUUAUUCCGGUUACGGACCGGCUCCAGCGGGAUCUGCUGGACAUGGACAUCAUGGUGGCUAUGGUGGCAAUGGUGGUUAUGGUGGUGCUGGUAGUGGUGGAGCUGUUGGUGGACAUUCAGUGCAUACUCCUUCGGAUCAUCUUACUCCUCCGGCCCAGUCCGGCAGUAGCGGUGGCUACCAAGGAUCGGGUGGCGCUUCUCACGGCUACUCCAACAGUUUCGCCAAUGCCGGAGCAGCUGCAGGAGCACACGCUGGAGCUCCGCAAGGAUCUGGUGGCGGAUCUUAUCAUGGAGGAUCACAACCGGUAGGAGCACCAUCCGGUGGACACGGUGGCCAUGGUGGCCACGGAGGAGGGCAUGGUUUCACGAAACAAAUCACCAUCACCAAGCAUGUCGAUCAAAGUCCUCCACCGCGUCCGAUUGUGAUUGAAAAGCCCGUACCUGUGCCGGUUGAUCGUCCCUAUCCGGUGUACAUCGAAAAGGAGGUACCGGUGACGGUGGUGAAAGAGGUCCCAGUGCACUCCGGUGGUGGUGGUGGUGGUAGUGGUGGUUAUGGAGGCGGUGCCGGACACUCCAGUGCAAGUGCUAGUGCAAGUGCGCACGCUAGUGCAAGUGCAGGAAGCUUCGGCGGUGGUUACGGUGGCUCCAACGGUGGUGGCUAUGGUGGUGGUGGAGGUGGUAGCGGAAAUGUUGGCGGAGGUUACGGUGGUGGACAUGGAGCAGGAGGUAGUGUUGGUUAUGGCAGUGGGGGUCAUGGUGGAGGCCACGGUGGCGCAUCGUUUACCAAGACGAUUACACUGGAGAAAACCUUCAACAAACACAAACACCAUCUACAUCAUCAUGGAUGGUAGGCUGAGGAGUGAUAGAGUUGGUUACGUUUGAAAAUGGGUGGAAAUUUAUGAUGACUUGUUGGGAUUUUUAACCCUUUCCAUUCGAUUGCCAAGCGAAAAGCUUUACUGAUGUAUUGAACCUAAUUCUAGCGAGUGUGAAGAUCAUUCGAAAAAUAAAAAAAAAUGCUAAUAGAUUA